GUUUGUAGCAUCGAGAGGUUAUGGUAGCAUCACAGUCCCGGGAUAGAGGGACUGUGGUAGCAUGUAUGAAUGACUUUUUCAAGGAAAUACACAUGCUGGACAUCGUGGUCACACAUGAUCGCGUGAUUUCCUGUAGGACUUAUAUCAUGUGUGUUCACACUUACGGGGCAGGUGACUAAACGUGAUCGCCUCCAUAUUUAGUAGUGAUUGAAAGAACACGGGGUGCGGCUAACGGAACAUGUACGAUUAUAAAAGAGUUCAUCUCACUGCUACGAUCACAGUAUUCUUUGGGCCACCAAAACAUUCUAGAUUCUCACGCAGUCAUGGCUUCAGAAAAUAAGAAGAUGCCUGGUCAGUACGACUACAUCAUUGUUGGUGCAGGUCCAGGUGGCUGUCAGAUGGGUUAUUUCCUGGAGAAGAAGAAGCGUAGUUACGCCAUCUUGGAAAUGAAUGAUUUACCAGGCUCGUUCUUCGCAGAACACCCACGUCAUCGUACUUUGAUAUCGAUCAAUAAAAGAUUCAACCCAUUCCCGGAGCCCGAAUACAACAUGCGACAUGACUGGAACUCAUUGCUAAGCGAUGAUCCCGAACUCCACUUUACUAAAUACUCCAAAGAGCUGUUCCCCAACGCCGAUGAUCUGGUUCGCUACAUGCAAGAUUUUGCCACCAAGUUCAACCUCAAUAUUCAUUACAAUACUCGAGUGGAGAAGGUAAAGAAACUGGAAAAUCAGGCCAAAUCUAGUGAAAAUUUCUCUCUUCAAACGUCCAAAGGAGAGUACCGAUGCAGAGUUCUGUUAAUUGCUACUGGUGCACGUGAUGAAAAAGUCCCUAAGAAAAUCAAAGGUCACGAACUCAUGGAGACGUACUGUAGCCACAGUCUCGACACCGAGAAAUACAACGGAAAGAAAGUGUUUAUUCUUGGUAAUGGCAACAGUGCCUUCGAAGUUGCUAACCAUCUGGCUGGAGCAGCUAGUAUAAUACAUAUAUUUGGUGAUCGAAAAGUGAAGCAUGCUUGGGACACUCACUUUGUAGGUGAUCUUAGAGCAGUUAACGAUACGGUACUUGACAUGUACCAGUUGAAAUCUCUUCACGUUUAUCAGGCUGUGAACGUGAUAGAAGUGGAGAAAACAGAUGAAGGAUAUGUUCUUACCAUUGACGACGUUGUUCCACAUUGGCGAGAAAGUCAGGGCCACGUCAGAGUGAAACUACCUCCAUAUGAUCACGUGAUCUGCUGCACUGGCUUCAAUUACGUUGAUUUGUCAAUGUUUGACGAUAAUUGCAAACCAGUUACCAAACAAGAUGACAAGUUUCCAGUUGUUUCCAAUACGUGGGAAUCCAACAUCGACAAUAUGUAUUUUAUGGGCACAGUUAUGCAGUGCCGCGACAGAAAAGCUGCGUCCGGAUUUAUUCAUGGGUUCCGAUACAACGUGCGUACUCUGCACAAGUUCCUUGAAGAACGUUACGAAGAAGUCCCAUAUCCACGCGAACUUUACCCGCUUGAAAUUAACACACUCUCUGACAAGAUCUUGGAACGUGUAAGUGUUAGUGAUGGUAUAUACCAGAUGAACAACGAGUUGUGUCACGUGAUAGCCAUUCCUGACUUCGAUCCUAACAUGAAAGGAGAAAUUAAAGCUGAACUCUACCAAGAUUUCCCCAAACCAUAUGUACUUGACACUGCCAUUAAAGGAAGAUUCGAUAAAUACAAGCACGUGUUCGUUAUUGUACUCGCGUACGGAUUCCAAGACUUUGGAGAAGACGGCAAACACGCCAUGGAUUUUGCUCACUUCCCCGAACUGAACGCUACUGAUUGUCAGGCAUUUCUGCAUCCCGUUAUUACCUACUACAAGGACGGUGAUCUGAAGGACGAACUGAAAUUACCCGAGUCGUUAAUGCUGAGAUUCGACAUUCCUUUGACUCUGAACCAAAACCCUGAUGUAGGAAAUAAUAGGCUGAGGAAUUUCAUAAACAAACAGCUAAAUCUGAAGCCCGGGCAACAUUUGUAUGACGGAUUCUUCAUGGAGAAAGUGACAGACAGGGUCACUCCCUUCACAGAGGACGAGAAAAGAAGAGUGCCAGACCUUAGUGUAUUCAAGACGUGUAUUCCAUUCAGCAUAGACUUAAAACCGGCCCACUAAUGUCUAAAUAUCAACUUCUGGUGCACGAGAAAUCAUCUAUUGGACCGCCGUGAAAUUAUGUUCAUCCUAUUGAUGCCCUCCUCAACUAAAUCUGUUUUAAGAUGACCCCCCAAACGAAAGCAAUGUCAGUUGUUACUACUGCUAUGUUUGUCACAACAAUUAAAUUACGAGAGUGGAUAGCAACCACGAUCAAGCCAACAUCGGCAUUGGAUAUAUACUCACGAAUCGCUGCUCUUUUUCAUAUUAUUAUUUGUUUAGUAGUAGUACAAUGUAUUAUACAAACCAUGUAAUUGUUAGAUUAUUUGAAUAACAAUGUAUAUAUGUGGUAUUGGAGAUUAAAUUGUAGCAAAUCGAUAGAACAAA